GAAACGUGGGUCCAUCACUUCACACCCGAAGAAAAAGAGCAAUUAAAACAAUGGAAAGAAAAGGGAGAAUCGGCUCCAAAUAAAGCAAAUACCGUUCCAUCUGCAGGCAAGGUCGUGACGUUGGUUUCUUUUGGGAUGUGCGUGGGAUCAUUUCCAUUGGCUAUAUGCGAAAUUAUUGCAACGUUUAAGCGAAGAAAUCCUUCAAAAACAUCUAAGAAGAAAGUGUUUCAUCAAGACAAAACACCAGGUCACACAUCUGUUAUUGCAAUGGCCAAAAUUAUUGAAUCAAUUCAAUUCCACUCGUGAUUUCAUUUGGAUUUUCACGAAAACCAUGCCAAUUUCAAGUUUUUUUUUCCAGCCCAGUAAACUUUUGCACCCGCCUCAUCGGAAAUUGGAGCAUAUUAGACGCAUCAGAAAGCACACAAUCAUAAAUAUCUUGUUGUCUAUUAAGUACUCAAAUAUCCUGCUUUGAUAAAAUAAAUAUCCUGAAGCAAUUAAAACCGUAGAUGUACUUGAAGUUAUAAUAAUCAGUUAUAAUGAUAUUCUCUUUGAAAAAUGUUUGGUGGUUUUAAAAAAGGUUCGCAACAGAUCAAAAAUAAGAGAAGCAAGCCGCUUACCCCCAAAAAUUUAUCGACUCAACGAAAGCCGAGGGCCAUUUUGAAAGAUGGUAAAUGCAAUAUUAUACAACCAAAAUUCCGUUGGAGAUAUUUACAUUACGUAAGAGAUAUAUUCACCGGUUUAGUUGACGCAGAAUGGAAAUGGAUGGUACAAGUAAUGAUAAUCGGUUUCACAGCUUCUUGGUUAACUUUCGCCCUUCUAUGGUGGUUGAUAGCUUUCGUGCACAAAGAUUUACACGAUGAUCACUUGCCUGCUAAACAGGCCGAAAACGGUUGGACCCCGUGCGUUUUGAAUAUUCACGGAUUCCAUUCGUGUUUCCUUUACUCAUUAGAAACCCAAUCUACAAUGGGUUACGGUUUGAGGGCAAUUACUGAGGAAUGUCCAGAAGCGAUAUUUCUAUUGUGCGCGCAAUGUAUAAUCGGAACGUGCAUAGAUUCAUUCACCGUAGGAGUUUUUUUCGCAAAACUAACUAGACCUAGACUCACAGCUUACACAGUCCAAUUUUCGAAAAAUGCAGUUAUCUGUUUACGAGAUGGAGCAUACUGUUUAAUGUUUAGAAUAGGAGAUAUUAGAAAAAGCAGAUUGAUCGGUGUCAGUGUAAGAGCUUUAGUUAUUCACUCGAUAACAACAAAAGAAGGAGAGCAGCUCACAAAUUACCAUAACGAACUCGAAGUUACAUGCGAUGAAACCGGUAGCGAACCGUUCCUCCUAUGGCCCAUAACAGUUGUGCACAAAAUAGAUGAAGACUCGCCAUUAUACAAUUAUUCAGCAAAGGACAUGUUGAAUGAGAAAAUUGAAUUAAUAGUGAUUUUAGAUGGGUGUAUUGAGAGCACUGGACAAAACACUCAUGCUAAAACAAGUUAUUUAGAAAAUGAAAUACUUUGGGGGCAACAAUUCGUGAAUGUUACUACAUUCAAUUGUGAUAAUGAGAGUUAUGAAGUGAAUUUCAAUUAUUUUGAAAAAAUGAGAAGAAUACCCAUGCCUAUUUGUUCUGCUGCUGAGUUUGAUCAGAACAACGAAACAUUAGAAAAAAUUAUGUAUCCAAGUCAAAACAAUGAAGAAUCGGGUAUAAUGAAAAGAAGUAAAUCCAGUAGGAAUAUUAUAACAAACGAAGUGGAUCCUCAAGAUUCCGAUAAGAAGCAAAUUAUCCAUUUUAAAGAAGAAAGAUCACAAACACCGCCUUUUCCCAUUGACUGGGUAUAA